AUGCACACUGGUCGAUGGUGGUGGGCUGCUCAGGUGCCUCGGACAAAGGGCACCACAAUUAUGCCAGUCAUCAUCUCGUCUGACAAAACACAACUUACCCUCUUCCAUAACCAGGCGGCAUAUCCUGUGUAUCUCACCAUUGGGAACUUGCCUAAAGAUAUUCGGAGCAGGCCAUCGCAGGGAGGGCAGAUUCUUCUGGCAUACCUGCCAGUAUCGAAGCUCGAGCACAUCAAGAACAAAGCAGCUAGGCGCCACACACAAGCAAAUUUAUUCCAUCUCUGCAUGCGCCGGCUUCUCGAGCCGCUUGAGGACCUUGGCCUGGGUGGCCUGCCGAUGUCCUCUGGAGAUGGCGUGAUGCGGCGUGUCCAUCCGAUUUAUGCGGCAUAUGUUGGUGAUUACCCUGAACAGGUGCUCGUAACCUGUACAAAGACUGGCGAAUGCCCUGUAUGUCCUACACCA